AUGAAACGUAGCAAGCCAGCUCCGAACAAUUUUGGCAUGCUUCAUGAUCUUAAAAUGAAAAAGGAAGCCAAGCAGAUUAGAGUGCAAGAAAAAUAUGAAAUACAAGGAUUUAUUAGUUCAGGAACUUAUGGGAGAGUCUAUAAAGCAAAGGCCAAAGAACCGAAGAUUAACGAACAUGGAAUGGAAAUUGAAUGUGUGUAUGCAAUAAAGAAGUUCAAACCCGACAAAGAAGGAGAUACGCAUUCAUAUACCGGGAUUUCACAGAGCGCUGUGAGAGAAAUUUCGCUAUGUAAAGAACUCUGUCAUGAAAAUACAAUUAGAUUAGAAGAAGUCUUGCUCGAAGAUAAAUCAAUAUAUAUGGUCUUUGAUUAUGCUGAACAUGACUUUCUUCAAAUAAUCCACCAUCAUAGUCAAAGUGAGCGUAAACCUAUACCGGAAUUCACUAUAAAAUCCUUCCUAUGGCAGUUGCUUAAUGGAGUAGCAUAUUUGCAUGCUAAUUGGGUGAUGCAUAGAGAUCUUAAACCCGCCAACAUAUUGGUUACAGCCGACGGUGUGGUCAAAAUAGGAGAUUUGGGACUAGCGAGAUUAUUUCAUCACCCUCUAGUGCCUUUAUUUAAUGGGGACAAGGUUGUGGUCACCAUUUGGUACAGAGCACCCGAGCUCUUGCUCGGGUCAAAGCAUUAUACGACGACUAUCGAUAUCUGGGCCGUCGGAUGUAUAUUUGCCGAGCUUCUAGCAUUGAAGCCCAUAUUUAAAGGAGAAGAAGCUAAGAUGGACAGCAAAAAGAAUGUCCCAUUCCAAAGAAGUCAGCUGACAAAGAUAUUUGAAGUUCUCGGAACGCCCACAAAAGAGCGAUGGCCUACAAUAGAUCACCAACCAGAAUAUAACAAUCUAAACUCGUUCCGACCAUAUAGCAAUACUCUUCGUGAAUACUAUGAUCGCUUACCAUCAGCAAAAUCAGAAGCAGGUUACAAUUUGCUGACAGCUAUGCUAGAAUAUGAUCCCAUAAAACGGAUUUCGGCUCUUGAUGCUUUAAGCCAUCCCUUCUUCGAAGAAGAGCCCGAACCCUCUUUUGGGUCUUUUGAAGGACAAGAAUUCAAGUAUCCUCGGCGAACAGUAAAGCCAGAGGACAAUGACAUAAAGGGCGGAAUACCCGCUAUAUCUUCAGGAGCUUCUCAAGCGGGUGUAAAAGUUAGUGCGAAUAAGAAAGAAGACGGUAGAAAUUCAAAGCGAAUCAAGGUGGAACAAUGA